UUUUUGUUUGAUCUGCAAAUAUUUUAUUGUUAAAAAAUAAAGUAUCACAAUAUAUCACUUGAAAUAUAUUCUUUUUUACUCAGUUUCUUACUCUUUACUAACGGCAACUGCAAUUAGUUAUUUUAGCCAUUGCAUUAACACAAUAUACUGAAAUGAGACAUGAGGUUUAAUAAAAAAAACAGAACGAAAUCAACGCUCCCACGCGGGUCCUCCCAUAUCUCUCCCUCUCCAUCUCUCCUUUUCUCUCCCUCUCUCACUCUCCGGACGCAGCUUGGCUUGGAUACAGCUCCUCCCCUACGUGGUGGCUUACUUGAACAGAUCCCUGAACGUGCACAGUUUAGCUGAAGAGCACUUUUGUAAAAACCCAGACGAGCGGGCUGCAGUGACAAUUUCACCACUUCGCGUGAGGGACUUGCCUGGUCCUUGAAGGGGUUUGCAGGGGAAACAUUCCCUUUUCUCUUUCAGCAAUGGAGACGGGUUGUGGUUUGUUUCACGGCUCCAAUUUAAUUCUAUCUUUAUGGUUAAUCAUAUCCGCUAAUAUUGUAAUAACUACGCGGGCAGAUAUCACUUGCGCGCCUUGCCCAUCGCCUGUGCAAGUUACCCGUAAGGAUGUACAUCUGGAUGAGCGCGCCGUUCCGGCAGGGACUGGGAAUCCUCCGAAACAAGCUGAACCGGAGUCAAGAGUUUUUGACAGAAAUAGUGGAGUAUUCGCCGAACAAGCUGGUAGUGGUCCUGUGGAUGUAGCUAAAUUUGCGAAUGGCCUUGGACGAAAUGGGGUUAACACGAAAGUCUUCUCUGAAGCUUCAAUUAUAAAAAGUGAAUACGAAGAAUUUGACAUGGGUAAAUCGACAAACUACGAUGGAGGAUCCGAUUUUGACAAAGUGGAGAAAGGGGAUGCGACAUUUUUUAGAGCCAAACGAAGCGGACCAGAACCCUUCGAAUUUUCUGAAAGCUCGUGGAGCACCGAAGGCGACCGAAUGUACAGUGACUCAUCGACCGAAAGGAAGAUUCCCGGCCCGCUUUUGGACGAGCAAAAACUGAGGUCCGAGCCCCGGUCGAACAGGGAUGAUGCGAAAGUAACCAGCUCCAAGCAAGACGAGCCGAAACUAACAAGCAGCACUUUUGCUUUGACGGGAGACUCUGCCCACAACCACGCUGUCGUGUAUUGGUCUGGGCAAAAUAGCAGCGUGAUUCUUAUUCUCACCAAGCUGUAUGAUUUCCAUCUGGGGAGUGUGACAGAGAGCACAUUAUGGAGAUCGACGGAUUAUGGGACAACUUAUGAGAAAUUGAACGACAAAGUCGGAGUGAAGACUGUCCUCAGCUACCUAUAUGUGUGCCCGACCAACAAGAGGAAGAUAAUGGUGUUGACUGACCCGGAGUUUGAAAGCAGCGUGCUCAUCAGCUCGGACGAAGGCGCCAGCUACCAGAAGUACCGGCUGAGCUUCUACGUCCUCAGCCUGCUCUUCCACCCGGCCCAGGAGGACUGGGCCCUGGCCUACAGCCACGACCAGAAGUUGUACAGCUCUCUUGAUUUUGGGAGGAAGUGGCAACUUGUCCACGAAGCGGUAACUCCAAACAGAUUCUACUGGUCUGUAAUCGGCCUGGAUAAGGAGACUGACCUCGUUCACCUGGAGGCCAACACGCCGGAUGGACGUGCGCAGUAUGUGACCUGUCGGGUGCAGAGCUGCUCAGAGGCCAACCGGAACUACCCCUUGGCGGGCUACAUCGACACCAACUCAUUGGUGGUCCAGGACGACUACAUGUUCAUUCAGGUCACCUCCGCUGGACGGGCGUGGUACCUCGUGUCCUACCAGAGGGAGCCCUUCAUGCGAAUUAAACUGCCCAAAUACUCCCUACCCAAGGACAUGCACAUCAUCAGCACGGACGAGGGCCAGGUGUUUGCUGCCGUGCAGGAGUGGAACCAGAACGACACCUACAACAUCUAUAUCUCCGACCCGCAGGGCAUCCACUUCACCCUGGCCCUGGAGAAUGUCAAAGCUACCCGUGGCCUCGGGGGCAACAGUAUGAUCGACCUGUACGAGGUAGCGGGAAUAAAGGGGAUGCUGAUCGCCAACCGUAAGCUGGACAACCAGGUGAAGACUUACAUCACCUACAACAAGGGCCGUGACUGGAGACUGCUACAGGCCCCUACCAGUGACCUCGAAGGAAACGACAUCCACUGUGUCCUGCCAUUCUGCUCCCUGCAUCUCCAACUGCAAAUGUCAGAAAACCCGUACCUCUCAGGGAACAUAAUCAGCAAGAGCUCCGCACCGGGAGUCAUCGUGGCCACAGGAAACAUCGGCUCAGAGCUCUCCUACAACAAUGUCGGCAUGUUUAUAUCCUCCGACGCCGGGAACAACUGGAGACAGAUUUUUGAAGAAGAGCACAAUGUCUGGUUGUUAGAUAAAGGAGGUGCCUUGCUUGCUGUCAAACAGCCCACUGUGCCCACCAGACAUCUAUGGGUGAGCUUUGAUGAGGGUCGGCAGUGGGACCAGCACAGCUUCUCCAUGGUGCCUCUGUUCGUGGACGGCGUGCUGGUGGAGCCUGGCAUAGACAGCCAGAUCAUGACGUUCUUCGGACAUUUCAGCCAUCGCUCAGAAUGGCAGCUCAUUAAGAUCGACUACAAGUCGCUCUUCUCCCGGAGGUGCACGGAGGGGGACUACCAGACCUGGCAUCUCCACAACCAGGGUGAACCGUGUGUGAUGGGCCAGAAACAGAUCUACAUGAAGCGCCGUCCGGGCAACCACUGCAUGCUUGGCCGAGACUAUGCCAGGGUCCUGUCCGCCGAGCCCUGCAUCUGCAGAGCGCACGACUUUGAAUGUGAUUAUGGAUAUGAGCGUCGUGGAGACGGAAACUGCUCGCCGUCGUUCUGGUACAACCCCGCAACCGUGUCCAGGACCUGCAGCCACGGACAGAACUACCUCAACAGCACAGGAUACCGUAAGGUGGCGGCAAAUAACUGCACCAAGGGGGUGAAGGAGAUGUACACAGCGCGCCGGCAGCUGUGCCCCAACCGAGCGCCCCGCGGCCUGCAGCUCAGCACCGGGGAGGGCAAGCUCACCGCGCCGCUGGCCUCCAACGUCUCCUUCCUGGUUCAGCUUGAGGAGGGCGACUCCAUGCGGACACACAUCCAGCUGGACUUUGGCGAUGGCACGGCCGUGUCCUACUCCAACCUCACCUGGGCCGAGGAGGGCAUCAAGCAUGUGUACCGGACCGCCGGAAUCUUCCGGGUCACCGCGCUUGCGGAGAAUGAGAUGGGCGCCGACAGCACCUCCCUCUACCUGCACGUCACAUGUGUGGUUGAGCACGUCCAGCUCCUGGCUCCGUUCGUGGUCAUCAAGAACAAGGAGGUGAACCUGUCGGCCGUGGUCUGGCCCAGCCACUCCAGAACGCUCACCUUCUUCUGGUGGCUUGGCAACAGCUCCGAGCCUAUUAUAACUUUGGACGGCAGCAUCUCGCACACCUUCACCAGCGAAGGCAUGCACACGGUCACUGUCCAGGUGUCCUCCGCCAACUCCAUUCUGCAGGACACGAAGACCAUAGCCGCGCAAGAAUUCUUCAAAUCGUUGCUUUUAUCUUUCUCUCCUAAUCUGGACGAGGUCAACCCUGACAUCCCUGAGUGGAGACAGGAUGUUGGCAGGGUAAUUAAGAAGGCUCUGCUGCAAAUUGCUGAUAUUCCGGAAAAACAGCUCCUGGUCGCAGUGUUUCCCGGCGUCCCGACUGCCGCCGAGCUGUUCCUCCUCCCCAGCAAGAACCAAUCAGAAGGCCGGAAAAAGAAUGAGGAGGAGCUAGAGCAGAUUUCAGACAUCCUGGUCAGUGCCUUGAACCAGAACUUGGUGGAGUUUGAGCUGAGGCCUGGCUCUCGGGUCAUUGUCUACAUCACGCAGUUAACCUUGGCCCCGCUGGUAGACUCGAGCCCGAGACACAGUAGCUCUGCUAUGCUCAUGCUCCUCUCUGUGGUGUUCCUGGGUUUAGCCGUCUUUCUCAUCUAUAAAUUCAAAAGAAAAAUCCCAUGGAUCAACAUUUAUGCGGAGGUGAACCACGAGAAGGAGCAGGAAAUGAUCAACACGGUGGGGCAGAGCGAGGCGGCGCCCAAGAUCACCCUCAGCGAGUUCCCCACUCAGAAGGAGCUGAUGGAGAAGGAGCUGGAGUGCCGAGUCAAACGGGGCAUGGUGAACCCAUGUGAGAACACCAGGGAGAUUCCAAACUGUACGAGCGUGUAAAAACAUGGCGGCGACGCGGAGGUCUGCACGCAGGGAGGAGACGCCAUUCGUGAGGGUCCUCUUCGUUUCCUUUUUUUGUAAACCCCCCCAAAAACACCAUCAUUGUUAAUACUUUUCUAAGGAGCUCAUUUCUACUGAUCUGCAUGGAUGUCUGGUUUGUUAAGAUAUACGCAGCAGACUCGAAGAACUUAAUAAAAAAAAGAACAGGCAAAACAAGAGUCCACGUUAGAAGAGCUGAACCCAUUGUUAAGGCCUUAGGCUGACGUGAUGUGGAAUACAUGUAAUACAUGUGGCCAUGACCAAUGGUUCCAAGGGUGUAGAUCUCCAUACAGUAGUGCAUUCUUCUCAACAUGGAAAUGUCCCCUUAGUCCUUCAAAACACUGUGUUGUGUAACUCUAUUAGUAUGUCCGUGGGGUAAAAGAGAAAGGUCAAGAGAUUCCAUAGGCAAGCAGGUUCACGUACAUAAAAGGACAUCACUGUUUAUUUGUUUACUUCAUCGAGGUUUUUAUGAUUGUUUUGUUAGUGCGUUUGGGCCAUGACACCAUUGAUGCCCCCCACCCUGAACCAUCCUGCAUUAGUCACCGCCACCUUUAACGCCACGAUUUCAAAUGCCUCAUGUAAAUGUUUACUAUUUUUAAAACAUGACAGUGAUUUGUGUGUGUGUUUGUGUGUGUGUGUGGGAGGGGGGGGGUGGUGGUGUCUCAUUUCCAUAUUAAUUAUCAUUUGGGCCACGGAAAGAGGGUUAAAGCCAAAUGAGUUAUGCAAAUGCUUGCAGAGAAACAAAGACUUGCUGAACCUGUGGCGAGGAUGAGUGUCAUAUGUGAAAGACCAAGAGCUCUGGCAAUCAGUUCAAUUAUUAGUUGCGCUAAAUUCCUGAGUGCCGAUGGCCUUCAGUUAAAUAGAGCUUUUCCCCCUCUAGGUCCCUGUUGUUUGAGACCAGAGGGAGAGAGUAUUGUUUGAUGACAUUGUACUAAUCUUAGCGAUCAGAGCAAAGUCGAAACAAGUGACUCGGAUCCCUAAAAAAAAAAAAACAAUAAUGGCAGUGGUAAUCAUCUACCUGUCAUCACAAUGUCACAUUCAGGAUAGAACAUUGAGAGGGACUGUAUGACUCCUAGCAACGUUUGUUAUUGAACGUUCUACUCCAAAAAGUUUUUCUUUUUUUGGCUCGAUAAAUUCACUCCUCUCUUGACGUUGGCCUGCGGGUGAGUUUGACAGACGUUGAUUCAAGGUGUUAAAAUGGAUCAAAAGUCUUUUAAGUCAGAAAGAGAGAAUUUUAUUUUGGUGGUGUAUCUCAGAGUUGUCGACUCUGUUAUGUUCCCGUUUUAGAUUUACUUUUUAUUCAUUAUCCUGCAAUGAUUUCUCUUUCUCAGUGUGCUGUAUGUUCAUAACGAUAAUCACUUUCCAUAAAACAUUCAAAUUGAAACUAAUGUAAGCAUUGUAUAUUUGCUUGAUUUGCAAAGUGUUUAUAAUUUUUGGUUGAUCUAAUUUGUACUGCUUGUGUGGACAUAGUUUACAGCUAUGAACAGCUUAUGUCUAAAUAUUAAGUGGAAGCCUUAUAAAAAAAAUAAUGCCUUUUUCCACAUAACGCCACAUUUUGCCAUUACGAUACCAGUCUGAAUUCAGAGCUCAUAGAUAACUGUUAAGAAUUGAUCUUUUUUUCUAUCCCAUUCAAGUCUUCUUUGAUAUACAUUAAAUAUGAUAAAUAUUCUGAUUUUUAUUGGAAUAUUCCAUGCAUUAUGUUGUUUUGCAGCCAUUUUGUGUUCAGCCUAAUUGUAUCAGUCAUUGGUCUACUGGUAAACAACACUGAACUGUAUUAUAGAUCAUUCUAGAUCAUUCUAUUUCUCUGUAUAUACUGCAAAUACUAUAUGACUUCAUCUUUACUUGGCUGUAAUGUAAAUAUGAUCAGGAAGACAGUAGACCUGCCCAUAGUCACUUUUACAUUUAAAAAGUGUGUUGAGAACUUAAGCAUUGCUUACAAAUUCUGAAUAAUUUUAGUGGUUUUUAAAAGAGGUCCUUGACUUGUGCAUGUUAUUUCAGAGGACUUUAUUUCUGUGUUGUAGAUAAGUGCUGUAAAUAGUUAUUUUCUAUCAUUCAUAUUUCUUUUUCUUGUUUAAAAAAAAAAAAAUCUAGCUUUUAGGUUUUGAAAUCAUUCAUAGUGUAAUGUCUAUUGCAAAGCGUUUAACUAUUAGAUUUUUAACAUUUAAAACUGUCCAGUGACACACAGGCCCUAUUUAUAAAUAUUUAUUUUGAAAAGAAAAAAGAAAAAAACACACCCAUAGUUAAACGCUUUGCGACAAGGAAUAUUUCUUCAACUCCACCUGCUAUUAACUCAGUUGUUUGCCCUUUGAAGUCAGUAUCUCAGCCCAGAAACAUAUUUCUCACAGUCAGCUGAGCGCCUUCGUUUUUUUUUACUGAUUGGGCCAGGGCCUCUAAGACUUUGUGCUGUGUGCUUGACUGCCCGGUCCAGCUGCACCUCAAGCUGGACCGGAGUGAUAGAGGCAGGGUUGGGGGUGGGGUAGUUGGGGUGGGGGGUGCUUAUCUCUGCCCUGCUAUUAGGAACUGGCUCAAGUUCCCGGCUGGCGCUCUUAGUUUGGGGAAAAGGUGAGUGCAUCUCUCUUACUGAAAAAAAACCCCAGAGUGCAUCUGCUGAUGGUACAUAGAGACAAGCACCUGGGCGAUGGCAUCAGCAGAAACUGGCUGGCGCAGUGACUGUGGAUUCUAAUAUAUAUAUAUAUAUAUAUAUAUAUAUAUAUAUAUUGUGAGAUGUAAUUCAUCUGCCCGGUUGAAUUGGAAAGGGUCCCAACAGGGCCAUAACUGUUACUUUGCGGAGCCUCUUAGAAUUGGAGUCUGUGCUAACAGAGCCAAUCCCAACCCCCAGCGGACACACAAACACAAUGUUCCUUUUAACGCAGAGCAGUGUGCUCUCGCUUCCUCCAUUUCGACUUUUCUUUUGGUUUAUUUGGAUUUAUAUUUUUUAUGUUUUUUUUUCUUCAAAAGUGCUGAUAUCCAGCUGUUGCAGGCUCCCUCAGGUGUUGCCAUGCAUUUUGAAACUCUGCGUGACGGCGAGUCCGGUGAAAAGGCUCAUUAACAGAGCCCCCCCGUGGUCGAACCUGUGGAAAACCCGCUGAGGUCGGCGCAAAGUUACAGAGACCGAGGGUCCACCCCCUCACCAUUUGACCACCUCAGUGAUCCUGCACUCUCUCGCCCUUGUUAAAAUGCCACCUUCAAAUGGCCGCCGCCCUAGUGCCACUGGCUGUCAUUCUGUCAAACGCAAUUUUGUUUUUUGUUUUUUUUCAGUCUAAUGGCCUCUCCUCCUCUGAGUCACUCGGGAGGGCUUUUUUUUCCUGACAAUUAUUGUACUUAGCCCAGAAGAAAAGAGACCCUCAGUGUUAUUUUUUGACAUGGGUCGCCGGGAUGAGCUGAGUUGUUAGCUUUAUGUCACGCUAACUUUAUCAUGUAAAGAUUGCUGGCAUUCAGGACUACGCUAUCAUUUCUUUACGACCCUUUCCUUGCUAAAUACAGUAAGCCACAGUGUGGCCAACACAGGCGAAGCUCUGCCGCUGAAAGAUGAAUGUUCAGUGUCUCUUACAUAUGCUGGCCUAGUCAAACCACCGUGUUUUGCCAGGGUUGUGUCAGUUAAUUGGUGGCGACGAGACGUGACUGACACUUUCCUUUGUUUUAGCCAAAGCUAAUGGGCUAACGUAUAAUUGCUACCAUGUCAAAUCUCUCUCUCUCUCUCUCUCUUCUCUGUCCUUUUUUUUCCCUCUUGGCUGAAUUGCCAUUGGUUCCAAGAUAGAACUAUUUUCUGGAGGGAGCCCUCCCUUGUUGUGACUUAUUUUUUCCCCACAUUCUUUCUUUUUUUUUUCUCGACAGUUGAGUGUGGUUAUCUCGCAUGUUCAUCCCGCCCCUAUCUGAUUUAAUUUGCUCCGGCUCAGUAGACUCUCAUUGCGUCGCUCAGAGCAUAUGUUGUACCAAUCUGACUAUAACUUGAAAAUGUUUCACGAAAUUAAGAUGGUGGAGCUUGAUAUGAAGAUUAAUUUGCGACUAAGGGAUAGACUUUCUUUUGACAAUGUGUUCCAAGGGCAAACCAUUGUACUGUCUUUUUUUUUUUUUUUUACUUUCUCUUCCCAUCAGGCACCAGUUUACCAAUGCAUGUGUCAUGAUUGCUCUUUCUGUUUUAAAUCUUGAUUUCCAUAUUUCUACAGUUACAAAACAACAAAACAAAUGUCAUUUUGAACUUGUUUCAAAUAAAUGUAUUUUUGUACAUCAA